AUGUCUGGCUAUCUGUCCAUGAUAGGCUGGGCCUUUCUCCCAGGCCUUGCAACAGGCUGGCUCCAGACUAUCUACUACGGCCUCACCAUUCGCGCCGGCGAUCCAAAGCCUACUCCUGGCUCUGCCCGUUACAACUCGCAUCGACGCAACAUUCACAUCCUCGUCGUCGCUGCCUACCUCUGCUACACAAUCUUCGAAGCCGACUACGAACAGCGUCGCAUAUCCUCCUACUAUGCCGACCUCGGCGUGCCCCUUGACGCUGCCGACCGCGAGAUCAAGACGCGCUUCCGUCGACUGGCUGCUAUGCACCACCCUGACAAGGCAGGCAAGGAUGCUGGUGACUCGGCCGCCUUCUUUAUGCAUCUGAAAGUUGCCAGCGAUACACUGCAGGACUCUGCCAAGAGGUUUGCCUACGAGCGCUUUGGACCUGAAAUUGCGCGCUGGCAGAAGUGUGUUACUAUUAGGGACUUUGUCACUCGUGGUGUUGUCUCGGGCAUUCUGCCUCACUACGCUGUUGCCGCUGCAUCAAUUUAUGUUCUGGGCCUGUUUGGCUAUAUGGACUUUGGCAAAUAUUACCGAUGGCUUGUCCUUAUCGCCCUGUGCGUAUUUGAGCUUCAAGCAGUAACGCGCCCCGAUUUUCCGCCGUUCGUCAACACUGUCAACGCUGUCCUUGCGCGAAUCACCUCUCUGCCACCAUACCUCCCAUUCCAGGUCAUCUCGCUGGCCCGAAGGUUAACCAUAACCUUCUACAUUGCUCUGAACCAGAUAGGCCCACUUGUUGCAGUAAUGAUCACUGGGCCGGAAAAGUCCGAGGAGCAAGAUGAAAAGGCACUUCGCCAAAGCUUAAACCGACUUGAGAUGUUGGCCAAGCAGCUAGACAGCGACGCUUUGCGAUUGUUGGAUAUGGAAAUGGCUCCGUUCAAGGGCGACGCUGAAGCAAGGACCAACUUGCAAGGCAAGAUGAGAGAAUGGCUUGUGCAAAACACCAUUAGAGCGGAUCCUAUGGUGAGAGACGCUAUGGGAACAUCGUUGAGGAAGAGGAGAGUUGAUGCGCCAGCAGGCGCUAAAGGAAACCGAUAG